AUGGGGAUCGUCUACCGGCGGGACAACUUUUUCCGAGGCGCCGUCGAGGUCGUCCUGUUCAGGGAGCUCCGUUUGCUCAAGCACGAAGUCCGUAUUCUUGUUCGCAAAGACAUGACCCUGUUUGGCAUCAUGGACGAGACGGGGUUCCUGAAGGAGAGAGAGGUGUACGUGACAUACGAGCUGGCAGACCGCCAUUCUGAGCCGCCUGGCCCUGGGCGGGUCAUCGUGACACGUUCGCCCGCUCUUCAUCCAGGGGACGUUCAGCUUGCAUGGAAUGUGAUCCCACCCGGCGGCCACCCUUUCACCCACCACCGCAACUGUCUCGUCUUCAGCAUGUGGGGCGAUAGAGACCUGCCCAGCCAACUCUCUUGA